CCACGUCCAUUGCACCUCCACUUGGACUUCUUCAGCCUCAGCCUUCUUUCUCCCUCACAGCACCAUGACUUGUGGAUCCUACUGUGGUGGCCGCGCCUUCAGCUGCGCCUCGGCCUGCGGGCCCCGGCCAGGCCGCUGCUGCAUCUCCGCCGCCCCCUACCGCGGCAUCUCCUGCUACCGCGGCCUCUCCAGGGGCUUCGGGGGCUUCGGCAGCCGCAGCGUCAGCGGAGCCUUCCGCUCAGGCUCCUGUGGCCGCAGCUUCGGAUACCGCUCCGGAGGCGUCUGCGGGCCCACUCCCCCCUGCAUCACCACCGUGUCUGUCAACGAGAGCCUGCUCACGCCCCUCAACCUGGAGAUCGACCCCAAUGCGCAGUGCGUGAAGCAUGAGGAGAAGGAGCAGAUCAAGGGCCUCAACAGCAGGUUCGCCGCCUUCAUCGACAAGGUGCGCUUCCUGGAGCAGCAGAACAAGCUGCUGGAGACCAAGUGGCAGUUCUACCAGAACCGCAAGUGCUGUGAGAGCAACCUGGAGCCGCUGUUCGAGGGCUACAUCGAGACGCUGAGGCGGGAGGCCGAGUGUGUGGAGGCUGACAGUGGGAGGCUGGCCGCUGAGCUCAACCACGUGCAGGAGGCCAUGGAGGGCUACAAGAAGAGGUACGAGGAGGAAGUCUCUCUGAGAGCUACAGCUGAGAAUGAAUUUGUGGCUCUGAAGAAGGACGUGGACUGUGCCUACCUGCGCAAGUCAGACCUGGAGGCCAACGUGGAGGCGCUGACCCAGGAGAUUGACUUCUUGAGGCGACUGUAUGAGGAGGAGAUCCGCGUCCUCAACGCCCACAUCUCGGACACCUCCGUCAUCGUCAAGAUGGACAACAGCCGGGAACUGAACAUGGACUGCAUUGUGGCCGAGAUCAAGGCUCAGUAUGAUGACAUCGCCACCCGCAGCCGGGCUGAGGCCGAGUCCUGGUACCGCACCAAGUGCGAGGAGAUAAAGGCCACAGUGAUCCGCCAUGGGGAGACUCUGCGCCACACCAGAGAGGAGAUCAAUGAGCUGAACCGCAUCAUCCAGAGGCUGACUGCCGAGAUUGAGAACGCCAAGUGCCAGAACUCCAAGUUGGAGGCAGCAGUGACCCAGUCUGAGCAGCAGGGUGAGGCAGCACUCAAUGAUGCUCGCUGCAAGCUGGCUGGGCUGGAGGAGGCUCUGCAGAAGGCCAAGCAGGACAUGGCCUGCCUGCUCAAGGAGUACCAGGAGGUGAUGAAUUCCAAACUGGGUCUGGACAUCGAGAUCGCCACCUACAGGCGCCUGUUGGAGGGCGAGGAGCAGAGGCUGUGUGAGGGCGUUGGCUCCGUGAAUGUGUGCGUGAGCAGCUCCCGCGGUGGCGUCGCCUCUGGCGAACUCUGCGUCUCUGGUACUGCCCCUGCUGUCAACACCAGAGUCUGCAGUGCGCCGAGCAACGGCAACGUGGUGGUGGGCACCCCCAACGCCUGCGCCCCCUGCGCCGGGGCGAGCAUCUACAGCGGAGGCUGUAAGAAGUGCUAGGAGGUCACAGCGCUGCAAGCCACCCUACCCAGACCCAGCCUUGUGCAAGGGACAGCCCCGCGGGACGGUGAACUGAUGUGUUCACCCCUCUGCCACCCGUCCUCUCAGCGCCCCAGCCCCGGGCAGUGCUGGUACCUCGGUCUCGUUCUGCAGCCGUUCCUAGCAGCUUGUCUUGAGGACUCUCCCUUUUCUUCCCUCUUUGUUUAUUGCUGGAGUCAGCGGUCUUGCAAGCCUGGAGGGUAUGUGGCCCCUGGAUCCUCCAGUGCCUGGCUUUACCGGGUCCCUGGCAUGCUUCUGCCUGGGCCUGGAGACACUGACCUACACUGUUGCUGGUGUUCUGGUGACCCAGAGCACCUCCUUCCAGAGCUGCUUGAGAAGCCCCUAAGAAGCCAGUGACUCAGCUGCCUGCAAGUGUGUCUUCGUCUCAGCCCACCUUUCCAAUAAACUA